AUGGCUGAGUCCAUAUUUCCUGAUAGGGUGAAGCAAAAACAAGCAGAUAAUGACAUCAAAAACAUGUUAUCUGCUCUAACGAAACGCCUAGGCAGCCUUCAACGUGUUCAUAAUAAGGCGUCAACAGGGGACUCGAGCCAGAGUGAUGACGAUGAUCAUGGCACGAAAAUCAUCACUCUGGCCAGUACUAAUGUAGGAGCCAGUAUGCGCGGUGUGACGGAGGAGAAAGCUGGAUUUGAAGGCGAUCCAUCGGAGGAAAAUGAAGCAUUGAAAACAUAUGUAAAUAACAAUUUUCAAACACUCAACAAUUCCAUUAUGUUAGGUUGUAGCUAUUGUACUAAUGACCCUGGUGUUCAUUUGGAUAUAACUGAUUAUAUGGAGCAUGACCAAAAGCCAACACUAUUAGGACAUGAAAAGAAGAAAGGAAAGAAUAAAGGAAGGGAACCUCCAAAUAUGACCACUAUUUGGUGCGUUCGGAGUAGGAUAAUACCAGAGGCGGAUCAAGAAUUUCAAUCUUUAUAG